CCGGCUGAGCGCCGCCCGCCCGCCCGCCCCGGCCCCCCGCCCGGCCCCCGCCCAGUCCGCACAUCCCCUCCGGCCGCAGCUGUCUAUGGCGCAGCCCCCCUCCCUGGAUCAUGCACAGAAACUUCCGCAAGUGGAUUUUCUACGUGUUUCUCUGCUUUGGCGUCCUCUACGUGAAGCUGGGAGCACUGUCAUCCGUGGUGGCCCUGGGGGCCAACAUCAUCUGCAACAAGAUUCCCGGCUUGGCCCCGCGGCAGCGCGCCAUCUGCCAGAGCCGGCCCGAUGCCAUCAUCGUGAUCGGAGAGGGGGCGCAGAUGGGCAUCAACGAGUGCCAGUACCAGUUCCGCUUCGGCCGCUGGAACUGCUCCGCCCUGGGCGAGAAGACGGUCUUCGGGCAAGAGCUUCGAGUAGGGAGCCGUGAGGCGGCCUUCACCUACGCCAUCACGGCGGCCGGCGUGGCCCACGCCGUCACCGCGGCCUGCAGCCAGGGCAACCUGAGCAACUGCGGCUGCGACCGGGAGAAGCAGGGCUACUACAACCAGGCGGAGGGCUGGAAGUGGGGCGGCUGCUCCGCCGACGUGCGCUACGGCAUCGACUUCUCCCGGCGCUUCGUGGACGCCCGGGAGAUCAAGAAGAACGCGCGGCGCCUCAUGAACCUGCACAACAACGAGGCCGGCAGGAAGGUUCUGGAGGACCGCAUGAAGCUGGAGUGCAAGUGUCACGGCGUCGGCUCGUGCACCACCAAGACGUGCUGGACGACGCUGCCCAAGUUCCGCGAGGUGGGCCACCUGCUGAAGGAGAAGUACAACGCGGCGGUGCAGGUGGAGGUGGUGCGCGCCAGCCGCCUGCGGCAGCCCACCUUCCUGCGCAUCAAGCAGCUGCGCAGCUACCAGAAGCCCAUGGAGACGGACCUGGUGUACAUCGAGAAGUCGCCCAACUACUGCGAGGAGGACGCGGCCACGGGCAGCGUGGGCACGCAGGGCCGCCUGUGCAACCGCACCUCCCCCGGCGCCGACGGCUGCGACACCAUGUGCUGCGGCGGCCGCGGCUACAACACGCACCAGUACACCAAGGUGUGGCAGUGCAACUGCAAGUUCCAUUGGUGCUGCUUCGUCAAGUGCAACACCUGCAGCGAGCGCACCGAGGUGUUCACCUGCAAGUGAGCCGCGCCGCCCGGCCCGCGCGCCCCGCCCUGACCCCCGCGCCGCCGGCU